AUGGUAAUUUAUCAGUGUUUGAAUCUGCUCUCUAUGCAGGUGGCACGCAUUGGUGCUGUAACUACACCGGAGUGCUUCCGCUCUCACAUGUCACGCUCUGUAAGAUGUUGUUGUCUCUACAACUACGACGUGAGGCUGGUGGGUGGUAACAGACGGUGCGCUGGAAGAGUAGAGGUUUUUCAUAACGAAGAGUGGGGAACAGUGUGUGAUGAUUUUUGGAAUAUGAAAGUUGCCGCAUUGGUGUGUAGAGAGUUGGGCUGUGGGGAAGCUGUCGAUGCAUGGGCAGCUUCUCAUUUUGGACCAGGUGUUGGACCAAUCUGGAUGAGGUAUCUGGAUUGUACUGGAAAAACUACUUUGAAAAAGUGUGGGCAGCUUGGGGCACAUGUAUUACAAUGUAAUCAUGAUGAGGAUGUUGGAGUUAUCUGUUCAGAAGUCAAGCUUGUUGGUGGACCUCACUGCUCUGGGAGAGUAGAGGUGCUUCAUGAAAAGACCUGGGCCACAGUGUGUGAUGCUGAUUUUGACAAGAAGGAUGCAGAGGUUGUAUGUCGGGAAAUGGGAUGUGGGCCUCCCAAGCAGAUACUGGGAGCAGCUGCUUUCGGCAGAGGCGAGGGUCAGGUGUGGAGAAAGCGACUUCUGUGCAAAGGCACAGAGUCCUAUAUUCACUUUUGUCCAAAACCUAUACAUGAACACAAUUGCACCCAUUAUAACGAUGUGGGACUGGUGUGUUCUGACAAUGUGAUGCUGGCGGAUGGUGGCAGUCGCUGUGCUGGAAGAGUGAAGGUUUUUCAUAGAGAAAAGUGGGGAAGAGUGUGUAGUAAUAACUGGAAUUUUAAGGCUGCUGCAGUUGUGUGUAGAGAGCUCGGAUGUGGAGUAGCUGUAGAUGUGCUGCAUGAUUCUGACUUUGGAUUAGGAUCCGAAGCAAUCUGGAUGGAUGAAGUUAACUGCAUGGGGACAGAGUCUACCCUGAAAAACUGUGGAUCAGCAAAAAUUAACAACUCUAUUUGUAAUUAUAGAGAUGCCGGAGUCAUCUGCUCAGAAGUCAGGCUGGUUGGUGCUUCUCGCUGCUCUGGGAGAGUAGAGGUGCUUCAUGAGUUGACCUGGUUUAAAGUGUGUGCUGCUGACUUCAGCAUGCGUGAUGCAGAGGUCGUGUGUCGGGAACUGGACUGUGGGCCUCCUCUGCAAGUGUUGGGUGCAGCUAGCUUUGGUGUAGAUGAGGUGCAGGAGCAGACCAUGAAAUUGCAGUGCAGAGUUUCCUGUGCAGAGCUUGUGAAGCUGGUGGAUGGUGGAAGUCAAUGUGCUGGAAGAGUAGAAGUUUUUUAUAGAAAAAAGUGGGGAACAGUGGAUAAAGAGUACUUUAAUGAGAAAGUUGCUACAUUGCUCUGUAAAGAGCUGGGCUGUAGUGAGUUCAUAGAUAUACCACCUAAUGCACACUUUGGACUGGGAACCGGACCAGUCUGGAUGGUUGUUCCAGACUGCAGUGGGUCAGAGGAUACACUAAAGGAUUGUUUAACUGGGGAAUGGGGUGAAAAUGACUUUGGACAUGAUUCUGAUGCUGGGCUUGUCUGCUCAGGAGUCAGACUUGUUAAUGGUUCUCAUUGCUCUGGGAGAGUAGAGGUACUUCAUGGGAAGACCUGGGCCACAGUGUGUGGUGCUACUUUUGACCAGCAAGAUGCAGAGGUUGUUUGUCGUGAGCUGGGCUGUGCGUCACCUGAAGAAUUGCUGGGAGCAGAUGCUUUUGGCAGUGGUGAAGGCCCAGUGUGGGAAAAGGAGUUUCAAUGUAGAGGCACAGAGCCUCAGACUCAUUUUUGUCCAACAUCUUCGCUUGAACAUAACUGCUCCCAUUCCAGUGAUGCUGGACUGGUGUGUGCUGCUGGUGUGAGGCUGGUGGAUGGUGGCAGUCGGUGUGCAGGAAGAGUGGCGGUCAUACAUAGAGGAAGCUGGGGAACAGUGUGUGUUGAUUCCUGGGACAUGAGAGACGCCACAGUUGUGUGUAAGGAAUUAGGCUGUGGGGAAGCUGAAAACACAUUUGAUAAUAUUCAGUUUGGUCCAGAAUCAGGACCAGUCCUGAUGAAUGUGCACUGUACAGGAUUAGAAUCUAGCCUGAAGGACUGUGAGUCAAGUCCUUUAAGUGGAGAUAAAUGUAUACAUGGUGGGGUUCCUGCAGUCAUUUGUUCACUUCACAGAGAACCCAGACUUAUGGAUGGCCCUCAUCUAUGUUCUGGAAGAGCAGAGGUACUCGUUGGAAACACAUGGGCACAAGUGUGUGAUGCUGAAUUUGACCAGCAGGAUGCAGAGGUUGUUUGUCGGGAGUUGGGCUGUGGGAUUCCUGUGCAGGUUGUGGGGGCAUUUGCUUUUGGCAAAGGGAAGAGUCAGGUGUGGAUGAAGGACCUUCAGUGCAGAGGCAACGAAUCACAGAUUUAUUUCUGCCAAGGAUCAUUUAAACUCAAGGAAAACUGCUCACAUGAACAUUAUGUGGGAUUAAUAUGUUCUGGUUAUACAGAUGCACGGCUCAUGAAAGGCAUGGACUCUUGUUCUGGUCGAGUUGAGCUCAAAUACCUCAAUACCUGGGGGAGUGUUUGUGCUUUAAACUGGAAUAUGAGAGCUGCCAAUGUCCUCUGUAGACAGUUGAACUGUGGAAGUGCUGUGACUGUGGUGGAAGCUGACCUGUUUAAUGCAGAAAAAGUCCAGAUGUGGGAAGACAUGUUUGAUUGUCAGGGGAAUGAGACGCACAUGUCACAAUGUCCAAUACUGUCAUGGAGUCGAGCUGCCUGUUCUCAAGAUGCUGGAGUCAUUUGUAACGAUUCAUCAUUGUCAUUACAUGAAGACAAAGUGCGGUUGUCUGGAGGGAGUAAAUGCCAGGGAGAGCUGGAGGUUUAUUUCAAGAAGAACUGGACAAGAGUUCUCUUUCACUCUUUUGGUCUGUCUGAGGCCUCUGUGGUGUGCAGACAGCUGGGUUGUGGCUCUGUGCUAAGCUACAAUUCCUCUCUGGUCAAAACUGAACAUAGCCACAUGUGUGUAGAAGGUUUUAAAUGCUCUGGAAAUGAAGCACAUCUGAUGAGCUGUGCCAGUGCAGAGGAGGUCAAAUGCAGCUCAGGAGAACAGCUAGCAAUUACCUGCUCUGAUGUUUUUAACCAUGCCCACAGCUCUAUCAGGCUGGUUGGUUCUGGGGGAGAUAACUGUGCAGGAAGGCUUGAGGUUUUACACAAUGGCUCAUGGGGGACAGUGCGUCAUGACUUGUGGGAUAUUAAGGAUGCACAGGUGGUGUGCAGACAACUGCGGUGUGGCAUAGCCCUCAGAGACCAUUUUCUGUCCUGGUUUGGUCCUGGAACUGGGCCUAUAUGGCUGAAUCGGGUGGAGUGCACGGGGAAAGAGGAAGCUCUGUGGGACUGCCAAUUUCAGUUCUCUGAAGAGGAGGAAAGAGGACACCAGGAUGAUGUAGGAGUUGUGUGCUCAGAGUUCAAAGAGUUUAGACUUACUGAGGGCUGUACAGGGAAUCUGGAAGUCUUUUACAAUGGAACCUGGGGGAAUGUGUGUGAAAAUGCAGUUGAUGAUGGAACAGCAAGUUUAAUCUGCCGAGAGCUGAACUGUGGAACAAUGGGAACAGAACAUUGGUCAAAAGCCCGACUGAAAUUUGAUUGGUUAGAUGAUUUAAAAUGUAGGAAGCAUGAUGCCACUCUCUGGCACUGUCCAUCAUCCCCCUGGAGUAAUAAAGUGUGUUUAAAUCGUGCGGCUCACAUUACAUGUAGAGAUGUGGAAAAGAAUUAUAAGCGUCAACACCGUCUGAGAGGCCCAGUUUCAAAGCAUCUGCCUCUCAGGCUGAGUGGAGGAAAAGGACACUGUUCUGGAAGGCUCGAGCUGUAUUAUAAUGCUACCUGGGGCACCGUUUGUAGUGAUCAGUGGGACAUCAAUGAUGCUAAGGUGGUCUGCAGACAGCUUGGCUGUGGCCAGGCGAUGAGGGCUGACAGGACCACUAUGGUUGGUGCUGGUAGAGGGGUUAUCUGGUUGAACAGAGUGAACUGUAGAGGGAAUGAGAUCCAUCUCAUGGACUGUCUUCAUUCCUUGAAGAAUCACACCGACUGUUUUCAAAGACAAGCAGGAGUCACCUGUGCAGACAUGCCCACACCUCCAUCUGUUACAACAACCACCACCACUAUGACUAAAAAAGAGAGAGAUACUACACUAACUGCAUUAUCACAAAGACACCCUGCACUGGCCAUGUUUGUGCUAGGAGCUCUGCUUUUCAUGGCCUUGCUGCUUGUGGUGAUUUUUCUGUUUUACCAGAACAAACAGCUCAGAAAUGCUCUUGAUAAAAGGAGAUAUAACUCAUAUUCGGAUGCAGUGUAUGAGGAUAUCAACAUUAAUUUCAGCACUUCAAGAGCCACUACCUUACCUCAAAGGGAAGCAGAGCAUUCUGGAUAUGAGUAUGUAGAUGAAGCACUGGACUCAGAGAGCUACGAUGAUGUCGUCACUGCUGGACUGAUGUUAGAGGAUGCAGAUGAUAUAUCAGAGAACUAUGAUGAUGCCAUUCCUACUGGAAUAACCCCAAAUAUAGCAGUAGAGACACCUGAGGAUUAUGAUGAUGUCAUCAUUGCUGGACAAGAUGCAGAAGAUUAUGAUGAUGUGGAAGAGCUGCCGAAAAACUGAGCAUUGCUACCAAAUGCCUACGUCUUUCUUUCUUUGAAAUUUCUUUCCAAAAUAACAAGCUCUCUGUUCACACAGUGUUACACUUUUUCGUCCUCUUCUUUUGGAUGAUCCAAACUGCAGCUACAUAACUUGUUUUCAACCCACCCAAGUUCUUAAAAGCCACCCCAAUGCUGCAAUGCUGCACUCCUCCACUGGUUUCCGAUAGCUGCACGCAUCUGAUUUCAAAACACUGGUGCUUGAUUACAAAGCCAAAAAUGGUCCAGCGCUAUCUUUCCUCAAAGCUCUUAUCACUCCUUGCACUGCACCUCGCUCCCUCAGGGCAGUUAGCACCGCUCGACUGCUCCCACCAUCUCUCAGGGUAAGAGGUAAGUAUACUGUACCUCAAGACUCUCUUCAGUUCUGGCACCAAGGUAAUGGAAUGAACUUCCUCAUGAUGUCCGAACAGCUGCGUCACUGGCUAUCUUCAAACGGCCGAUGAAGACCUACCUCUUCCUUAAGACCUACACUUAAACUAGCUCUUAUUUUCCCUGUUUGUUUGAUGUAUUUAAAAUAUAUAUAACAAAAAAGCUCCAAACAGAGUUUUAGGUUGAUUGUAUCCAAAGUCUGUAACCUAGUGAACCAGUGUUAAUGUAUUCAUUGAUGGAGAUUUCAAAGGACUUUUUUUUUACGUCACUUUGGAUAAGGGCGUCUGCCAAAUGCUGUAAAAAGUAAAUGAUUGCUCCUCUGAUUGCUCUCAUCUGAAUGUGAUUUAGACUCAGACUCUCUGUACACAGGGUGCUUUUUGUUUGGUUGUUUUUUUGCACCAUUCUUUAGCACCAUUCACCACCCUAGAGAUUGUAAACUGUGAAAAUCUCAGAUCAGUUUGAAGUCACAAAAGUCACACUUUUUCCCUUUCUGAUGUUUGAUGUGAACAUUGACUGAAGCUCUUGACCCUAUUCUGCAUGAUUUUUUACAUUGUCCUGCUUUCACAAGAUUGAAUGUUUGGAUAACUGCAUAAAGGAGCAGCUAUACAUGUGUUCCUAUUAAAGUGGAUGGUGAUUGUAUAAAUAAUAAAAUCCACAUCAUUUUCAUGUUUUUGUAUAAU